UCUGUGAGGGUGGAACAGAACAGAGAAUGAUGGCUAUUUUUAGACCCAUUAGACAGCAUCAGUACGCAAAUGGUAAUGGACAAAGCACAAGGAUGGUGACAUCUCCUUCAUGGAAUGUUCCCUUAUGGGCUGGGUCAGGUGAUACCUGUUGCCAGGUAUAUGAAUUUGUAGUACAUUGGCUAUAUGACGCCACUGCCAUUUAUUUUAGUAAACCUAGAUGUACACAUUACUGAAGGAAAUGACUGAUUUAGUUUUGCGUUAAUGAGAUCUGAGAACGGUCAAACGGAGCCGGUGGCGACAUGUUUACAGGUAUCCGCGAAUAAACAAACCUUAAUUCAUCCCAGACUCACAUACAACUCGGUGCAGAAGAUACAUCUCUUGUGUCGUUUCCAGUCAGCAGAACAGUGGGUCUGAUGGACCAGGUUUCCCGGUCAGGGGUUGGCAGUGAUGUCACAUACGAGACCGCCUCCAUGGGGGAGUACAGGUGGAGCUCUGAGGAACAUGAGAUGUCCGACCCUCAGGGCCAGUGUCUGGCCGCCCCCCAAGCCCUGCCGGCCCCCACCUACAAACAGAGGGUUGAGGAGUUCAAGAAGCUGUUCAGAGAACUGCCUGAGUCGGAGAGACUCAUCAUGGACUAUACCUGUGCCCUCCAGAGAGACAUCCUACUGCAGGGACGCCUCUACCUGUCAGAGAACUGGCUCUGUUUCUAUAGCAACGUGUUUCGGGGGACAAAGGUGAGCUCACACAUGGGGAAGAGAUGGAAAAUAGGAGUUUUCUGUCUUGGGGAUGAAUUAUUCAGAUCGUGAUAUGCUGUAAAUGUGUGUAUGUAUUGCAUUAUUCUGGUCGUGUUAAAUGUGGUCAGUGUUCUCUGGUUUUAGAGGGUGAUAUACUGUAUUUAGAGUGUUGGGCCAAUGCGGCUUCUCUCUGAACGUUCAUAGAGUGCCACUUUCUCCUCAAUAGCCGUUGCUAAGUGAUAAUUAAAGCUUCCACGUUGUGCUGUUUACUGCUGAUAGUUUUCAGUGAAAGCAGAUGUGCAAUUUGUUGACUUGGAUACACAUUAUCCCCAAUGCUAAUCAAUAAAAAUGUCUGUUCUGUUUUGCUUGAUUACAGCGGGUCAUUUCAUAGGGAACUGUCAGAGGCGCUCUCGUAUUGUUACAUCACAAACAUGUAGAGAAUAAAGGUGCCAACAUGGCAGCUGUUCAAAAAGGGCAGAACUCUCUUUAUAUAUGGCUCUGGUUGUAGAUAGCCUUGACUCUGGAAGUCAUCACUAUGCUCUCUGGUUAUAGAUAGCCUUGACUCUGGAGGUCAUCACUGUGC